GACAUCAAAGGUGUCGAUAUUGUCGACAGAAAGUUGCGCUAUUCAAGAUACUGUGAUUAUGGCAUUUUGAAUUUCUAUACGAAAAAUGUUGUCUAAUCUAAUAGUCGGCAAAAGGAAGCGAGGAAGUUGUGAUAUAUAACGUUAUACCACACGAAGAAGUUUCAUCUACGCGGAGCACUGUAGGAAACGUGGAAUCAAGAUUUACUGAGGAGAUUUGUUCUCGUGAAGGUUAACCGGUCCUCGAAGAUGAUCGAAAUUGACAAAAAGGAUUGCAAAAAACUUUUGACGCGGCGAAUGUUGCUGGCUGUCGUCUCAAGCAUAACAUUGCAAUUUUUUCUAGUCUGCUGCCUCAUCCUAUUUACAAACCUGAGCACUGAUUACGUACAUUGGCUUCAAAACACGUGGAGAACUGUAAUAUCACUACGAAUGUGGAUUUAUCUCGGCAUUCUCGCCGCAGUGAUCUCUUUACAGGGUGUUUUCUGCAGCAAAAUUUAUCUCCACAAUCCACCAUAUUAUAAGAGCAGAUUUGCCAAAUUAUGUGCGACUCUUACAGUUCAAAACUUAAGUUUAAAAGCCUCGUAUAUCGUCAUGGGUGGCAUUUUAACCUGGUCGCAUUUGUCAUUAAAAGGAGGAAUGUACAGUUCUUUGACUGCAGAUUGUAGUAUCAUAUAUGGAACAUGUUUGGUGGAGGAAUAUUAUUUUUUGCUGUUCAGUGGUUUAUGGAGUGGAUUAUAUUUCUCCGUAAAGACUAAUGACUCUAUGAAGUAUUUCCGAUUUCCCAUUAUAACACAGUUUAAAUUUUUCCGGCUGCGACAAGGAAUUUAUGCUAUGCUUCCAAAUCUAAUGAUUUCCUCCAUGUGGUCGGCUGUGUAUUAUAUGACUAUUUAUUACUUUCUGGGAUCAUACUGUCGUGCAGCACUAUUGUCAAUGAUUUCUAUACAAACAGAAGUUGAACCUUUGGACAAUAUGUCUAGAUUGCUAAAUCUGACAUUAAUAUUGCACUUGUGGCUUCAUCAAUUCAUAUUCAUACUGACAAUAAGCAGCACUUACUUGUUAUUUGAAAUAUAUCUAACUGAAUGGAUUUCAUUUAAAUUUAGUUCGAGUGGUGUCUAUAAUGGUGAUGCUUCAGAAUUAACACUUAUUGAGGCGCUAGCAAUGGACAAGAUACCGAUAAUACAACACUUGGGUUAUUUAGAUUUAGUUACCUUAGCCCAAAAGGAGAAAAUGAGAAGAGGAAUAUUAUUUACACUCAGUCAACCAGGUGGUCAUCCAUACAAUUGGAAUUGCAUUGUGCAAAAGUGCAUUGAUCUUCUUAAGAAAUUCUCUUCUGAUUUCAACGCUAUAUCCAUGAAACCUCAAGAGCAACAAUUCUGUUAUAGUACAAAUGUAUUGACAACAAGAAUUGCACCUGUACGACCUGCACAAAAAGAGCAUAUAUAUCAUAUGCGGAAGUUAGUACCAGAUGUAACACCAGUGCCAUCAAUAGAAGUAGAUACAAAAGAAGCUCCUUAUAGUGGCAUGUUUAUUCAAAAGUUUAUUAAACAAAAACGAGAAGCCUUUGUAGCAUAUUUGCUUUCCAAACCACUUAUUAAUUAUAUCUUUGGUGAACAAGACGAUAAUAAAAUCCGUUAUGUAUUACUUAAUGGACAACUAGUGAUUUGGGCAGCUGAAGCUAUUUCAUCAUUAUCGGUGUUUUCGCUCAGUGAAGAUUCUUAUGGUGUUGUACAAAAAGAUGUGCCCAACAUUAUCAAUACUUUGUUGUCAGUGAAGCAGGUUCUGGACAAAUUGCAAAAAUCAGCUGUAUUAGCAAGAAAAAUUCAAACUGAUGAUAAAUUAACUAAAGAAAUUUGUACCUCUUUACGAAGUGCGAUCAAACGUAGUCUAUAUAGAAUUAUUACAAACUUUGAACCGUAUGUCAAUGAUUUAUCCCUUGAAUCACUGACAAUUGAACAAUUGCAAAGCUUUCUUAAUUAUAAGGAAUAAUUUAUAAAUAUUAAUAUCAACAGUGUGAACAUGUUUUUAUAUAAACUU